AACGUGGUGGUGGUGGUGGUGGUUGCAAACCGGGCCGUCGGUCGCUGUCAAAAACGCGUAAGCAAAGUCGCAUUGCGGAAAUGUGGAUCUAAGUGUGCUGUGUUUGUUAUGUGAUUUAAUUAAAUAGCGACAUUUUAAAUUGCAAUGUUAAAUCGGGGCAGUGCUGCGAAGAAAGACGAAUUUCUGAAUCACCAUUUGCCGCACGAGGACGAGGAGCGUUUGGAGAAGGUGUUCGCGAAUCUCGACCGCGAUGGAAACGGAAAGAUUGAUAUACACGAUCUGUCCGUCGAACUUAAAAAGUUGGGGGUGCACCAUCAUUACGCGGAGAAAUUCAUACAGCAAUCGGAUAAGACUCAAAGCGGAGACGUGUCCUUGGCGGACUUCAUUCUGUACGUUAAGGAGCACGAGAAGAAUCUCAGACUGCACUUUUCGCAUUUGGACAAAAAUAAAGAUGGCAAAAUCGAUCUCGAUGAACUUAUCCGAGCAUUCCAGGAGCUGGGCGUACCGCUAGAGCGCCAGGAAGCGACGAAUCUCUUACAGAGGAUGGACCAGGACGGCAGCCUCAACAUCAGCUACGAUGAGUGGCGGGAUUUUCUGCUGCUGGCGCCGAGCAGCGAUAUCCAUCAGCUCAUCAACUACUGGCGUCACUCCACCUAUUUAGACAUCGGGGAGGAUAUGAACGUUCCUGAUGAUUUCACUCAGACAGAAAUGCAAACUGGUAUGUGGUGGAGGCAUCUAGCGGCCGGUGGCGUUGCGGGAGCAGUGUCACGAACCUGUACCGCCCCGUUAGAUAGGUUAAAAGUAUUCUUGCAAGUACAAUCGUCCCGGCAAACUAUAUCCGAGUGUCUCCGCUCGAUGCUGAAAGAGGGCGGAGUGGCCAGUUUGUGGCGCGGGAACGGCAUUAACGUUCUUAAGAUCGCGCCGGAAACGGCCAUAAAGUUCGCGGCCUACGAGCAAAUCAAGAGGUUCAUUAAAGGCGAUGGCGAUCACACUUUGGGAAUGUACGAGCGUUUCUGCGCCGGGGCGCUGGCGGGCGGGAUCAGUCAGACGGCGAUAUAUCCCCUGGAAGUUUUAAAGACGCGACUCGCGCUCCGAAAGACGGGGCAAUACAAAAGUAUUUUAGACGCCGCCACCAAGAUUUAUUCCAAUGAGGGCGUAAUGAGCUUUUAUCGCGGCUACAUUCCAAAUAUCUUAGGCAUCAUACCGUACGCCGGAAUCGAUCUGGCUGUGUAUGAAACGUUAAAGAAGAAGUACCUUAAAACGCAUUCUAGCAACGAGCAACCCGGCUUUUGGCUUUUACUUGCGUGCGGCAGUUGUUCAAGCACUUUAGGCCAGAUGUGCUCGUACCCAUUAGCAUUAGUUAGGACUCGGUUGCAGGCGCAAGUUACACAACGAUCCGUCGACAAGGUGAACACGACCAUGACGGGCGUGUUUCGUACAAUAGUUCAAAAAGAAGGCGUACUAGGCCUGUAUCGAGGCAUUACGCCGAACUUCAUCAAAGUAAUGCCUGCAGUAAGCAUAAGUUACGUCGUUUACGAAUAUUCAAGUCGACUACUUGGAGUGAACAUGACGUGAUGUAGGCAAAGCUUAGGAAUCCAUUUUAUUUAUUCUGAUAAAUGUAAUAAAUACAACCCUCUCAGCGCGCAGGAGUGAAGAAAUCUCUGUCGCGGCAAAUUACGUGAAUGCUAUUUAUUUUGUAUCGAUACUAAGAAGCUUGUUACCCUUUUUUUCGAGAAUUUUUUUUUUUUUUGGUCCAGGUGGUGUGUAACUUCUGCCUUUUUCACUUUAGGUGUUAAAAUAAAUAAAUGUAUUUACUGAAAUGACAUUCAAUUAAUGUAUUCCAGAGGUUUAAAGUUGAAAGAUGAUGUGAUGUACUUAAUAUUUUAAUAUGUUAUAAUUUAUUGUAAAUGUAUUUCUAUAAAAUGUAUUAAAAAUUUAAUAAAG